UUUCAUUGUUUUUACGACGCCCUUCCAACGUAGACACCAUAUCAAACAUUUUCUGACCAAUCGGCUCGUAUCCCCUUGUCUUCAUCGGGGUACCUCCAUCACGAGACAAAUUACUCAAUUCGAUAAAUCAUAUAGUCAAGAUAAACUCAAACCUGCAAAGAUCGCGAUGUCGGAGAGAAUCCCACCGUGCGAUUGGUUCCCCACGCAGAUCUACGGCAUCAUAUCCGGGGGCAUAGGGCGUGCUCUUCGGUCAUGCAACCGGGAUCUUCACCGGAGCUUAAGUGCGGUCAAACUCUAGUAUAUAUAGCAGUCUUGGUAAGUACUCAAUGGCCGACUUGAUGGUAAAUCUUGGUUUGCGUAUACCUUGUCCAUAAUCACCAUACAAUAUACAGUAUCAAUACUAUGAACAUAUAAACAAUGGCUCCGCGAGAAGUCCAACUCCAAAACCUCGCCAAUUCCAGCUCCCCAGUAGUCCAAACCUCCACAUUAGAAAAUGCCCCUCCCACCGAAAACAACGACAGGAUUACAACAUCACAAACCCUUCCCCAAACCGACCGAGGCCGCGCCGCCUACCUCGUACUAGCAGGAUGUGUGUUAAUCCAGACACCAAUAUGGGGGUAUUCUCUCGCCUUCGGCAUAUUCCAAGAAUACUACACCAGCUCACGGGGCGCCUCCAUCCUCUCCGGGGACCGUAGCGCCGGCACCAUCGCCAGUAUCGGCAACUCGCAAACCGGAAUUCUGUACCUAAUGAUGCCAGCAACCUUCAUAUUGCUGACUAAAUACCCCUCACUGCGGCGUUUCUGUAUGCCAUUCGGCUUGCUCCUCACGACAGCAUGUCUAGCAGCGUCUUCGUUCGCGACAACAGCGAGCCAAUUGAUUGCUGUACAAGGCGUAUUACACGCCGUAGGUUGUGGGCUCCUUUUCGCCCCCGCGUCCUUAUGUCUCGAUGAGUGGUUCCCUGAACGUAAGGGCCUGGCUUACGGGGCCAUGUGGUCUGGGAAGAGCGUAUCCGGUGCAGGAAUGCCGUUCCUAGCCAACGCACUACUAUCCCGAUACGGCGGUCGUACAACCCUGCGUAUCUUCUGCGUGGCAUCGGCAAUAUUGACAAUCCCGCCAUUACUCCUCAUGCGCGAACGUCCCGCUACUAGAAGCCCCGUUAGUACAGCCACAGCCUCAGAAGACGGUGACGCAAGAGAAAUAGACGGAGGGCGCGAAGUACGAGACGGUCGCUUAUCCUUCGCCUUCGCGCGACACACCACAUUCUGGAUCCUACAAUGCGGCAAUGUCUUCCAAUCUUUAGGGUAUCUCAUGCCUUCCACAUACAUCGCUUCCUACGCAGCCGCGCUCGGCUUUCCUUCAGCCACGAGACCAAUACUCCUCGCUCUAAUCUCGCUCGCCUCCGUUUUCGGGUCCCUAAUGAUCGGUUUGCUCAGCGACGCCGGUCUACGUGCCAACACCGUGAUCCUCGUAUCCUCCCUCGGCAGCGCACUCCCCGUCUUUCUCCUCUGGGGUCUCGGCGGCGGCGCACACCAAGUCGCCAUCCUCAUCGUCUUCACAAUUCUCUACGGCUUUUUCGCUGGCGGGUUUAGUUCGACCUGGCCCGGUAUUCUGCGUGAGAUGAAACGCCGCGAUCGCGCGGUAGACACCGGCUUAAUUUUUGGCAUGCUGCUUGGUGGCCGUGGUAUUGGUUUUGUUGUUAGCGGACCCGUAGGUGGCGCUUUGCUGCAGGCUAAUAGGUUCAAGGCUGAGGAUUUCACGGGCUUUGCCACGCAGUACGGUCCUAUGAUCGUCUAUACAGGUUUGACUACGACUCUCGGUGCUUGGAGUUGGUUUUGGACUAUGGGUGAGCGGGCAAUCAAAGCUUUGUAAGGAUAACCCAUAACCUCAUCGUAAAGGAAGUGGUAAAAUCAUUAGAUCAAAACGUAGACAUCUAUAGGUAAUUAAGUAGAUAUAAAUUCUUACCAAGCAAUUAUAAGUCUAUCAUAUUCACC